AUGACAAAGAGACAAACGGUGGAGGCGCUAGACAAAAGCAUGCGGGACAUAAUGGAUAGACCAGAUCUUCCAUUUGGUGGAAAAACGAUCGUAUUUGGGGGAGAUUUUAGACAAGUGCUACCUGUUGUCCAAAAGGGAACAAGAGCCCAGAUAGUAGAUGCAUCACUACGCGGGUCGGAGCUCUGGAAUUGCAUGCGUCAAUUGAAGCUUGUGCGCAACAUGAGGGCUCAAAACGACCCAUGGUUCGCAGAAUACCUACUACGCAUUGGAAAUGGAACCGAGGAGACAAAUGAUGAUGGUGAAAUACUUCUACCUACAAGUAUAUGUGUGCCAAAUAAGACGGAUGAUACCGCCUUGGAUAGACUUAUUGACAGUAUCUACCAAACGGGGAAUGCUUACCUAAAAGAUCCAGAGUACAUCACCUCAAGAGCAAUUUUAUCCACAAGGAAUGACUGCGUAGACAAGAUCAACCUAAAAAUGAUUGAUCGCUUCCAAGGGGAGGAGAUGGUGUACCACAGCUUCGAUUCAGUAGAAGACGACCCACAUAACUACUAUCCACCAGAAUUCCUAAACACCCUAACCCCAAAUGGACUGCCUCCACAUAUGCUGAAGCUCAAAAAAAAUUGUCCAAUCAUACUACUCAGGAACAUUGACCCUGCUAAUGGGCUCUGCAACGGCACCAGACUGGUCGUACGUGGAUUUCAGAAAAAUGCAAUUGAUGCAAAGAUUGUGGUAGGGCAGCACUUUGGAAUGCGAGUUUUCUUGCCUCGGAUACCAUUAUGCUCAUCUGACGACGACAUGUUCCCGUUCAGUUUUAAGAGAAAACAGUUUCCAAACAAUCAAGCUGUCAACUUCGGAGUUAGAAUUCAGGACUACUUGAUCGUCUUGAAGGAGGAUGUCUUCAUGUUCUGA